UUUUUAUUAUCAACAGUCCUCCUUCCUCCUCCUCCACCACCACCACUACCACCACCAUCGCCUCCGCCUCCGCCUCCGCCCUUUCCUCUUUUUCCCUUCAUUUUCCAAGCAAUUCCCUCCAAACAAACGAAGAAGAAACACCCAACCUUUUCUGUUUCUUCUUUUUUUUCAACUCCAAUCUUCUUAAUUUUCUUCCAUGGUAUCAAAAUUCUCACAAAACCCAUAUUGGAAACCCUAUUUUAAAUUCAAUUUCAUCCCAUCUUUUUUAUAAUCCCCCCCCCAUUAAGUUUAGGUGUUUUUGUUGACUCUAGAUGUUAGAGCCAUGGAAAUAGCCCCUACAAGCACCCCUCCACUAAGCACCACAACACCCAAAUCACCCGACCCAGAGACCGAAACACCAGUUCGGAUCCAACCGGCCAAGCCCAAAUCUUUUACUAACGGUGUUCUCAAGCGCCACCAACCUCACCACCACUACCUCCACCAUGCGCCGCCCAUAGUGGUGACCUACAAGGAAUGCCUCAAGAACCAUGCAGCCACUUUGGGUGGACAUGCUUUAGACGGCUGUGGUGAAUUCAUGCCUUCUCCAUCAGCCACCCCAUCCGACCCAACCUCCCUCAAGUGUGCAGCUUGUGGUUGCCACCGCAACUUCCACCGCCGAGAAUCAGAUGACCCACCACCCACAACAACAGCCACCGCUACUAUAGAAUAUCAGCCUCACCACCGUCACCAUCCACCGCCUCCAGCAAGUCAAGCACCACAUCGUAGUCCAAACUCAGCUUCCCCACCACCGAUCUCAUCAUCUUACUACCCUUCAGCUCCUCACAUGCUUUUAGCCCUUUCAGGUGGUUUAGCUGGUGCAUUAGACAACAACCACCAUCAAAAUAACUCUCAUUUACAAGGCUUAGGAACCCUUACCCCAAACACCACAAAUCUGGGUUCCCACUCAAAGAAAAGAUUCAGAACAAAGUUCACUCAGUUUCAGAAAGAUAAGAUGUUGGAAUUCGCUGAGAAAGUUGGGUGGAAGAUUCAGAAAAGAGAUGAAGAAGCUAUCCAAGAGUUUUGCAGUGAAGUUGGGGUUGAUAGAGGGGUUUUAAAAGUUUGGAUGCAUAACAAUAAGAACACUUUUGGGAAGAAAGAUCAAGCCAUUAAUGGAGGAGAAACUGGGAAUAACAACAAUAUUGAGAAUGAACUCAGCCAUGAAGACCACCAUCACCACAACAACAACAAUGGUCAGAAUCUCAACCAUCACUUUGAAACUGAUAGUGUUGUUCAUGUUGGAACUAAUGGCUCUUCUUCCUCUUAAUCAUGUUUAUCAUGAUAAUCAACUUUUAUCUUUUUUUCUUUUUUCUUUUCAAUGAGGAGAUAAUAAGCUGUUAGAUUAGAUUAAGUACUUGUUUAUUAGCUGUUCUUUUUUCUUUCUCUCUUUAAUUUCUGAUCAUGACUGUUGAGAAUAUAACAUGGGAAGAGCUGCUUUGAUCCAAAAAAGAAAUUAUUUUCAUUUUA